AUGGAGCCAGCGAUCGAGAGCUCCACCCGCAAGGGAAAGCGCAAGCUGACGCGCUGGCACAGUAACCCGCAGCAGGUCGAACUAAAAGAGUGCCUAUGCGUGUCCGGCGGCUGGCUCAAAAAGCCGCUUCAUGUGGACACAGUGGACGUGCAGGGUGUGCGUAUGACAGCUGUCCAGGCUACCACACCCUGGCUCCCUCAGCUGCUGCAGGGCUUCUGUCGGGCAGAGUCACUUGGGGCCAUCUUGAAGAAGGUGUCUGCGGACUUGCAGGAUUGUGUGCUGAUAGAUCAAUCUGGGGCUGACAAGGACCAGGCAUGCCGUGCUGCUGCUGGAAGGGAAGACCUCUUCUCAGAUGGGGAGGACAGUGAUGGGGCUGGCGCAGCUGCCUCUGGUGGCCCUGAGAAGCCUUCCCCCAUGAAGCGCAAGGCUCUCCGCGAGCCACACUGUGUGUCCCAUCGCGGCCAUGAGCUGAGGGUGGCGUGGCGGCGCAAGGUGUUCUACGUUGAGGCUUCCUCCAGCUCCGUGGCUUCGUUGUUCGCCAUUGUCCAGAGCUACAAGAAGAACGAGGUGCCCCAGCUCUCCCCCGCCAAGAAGAAUGCAGAGAACAAUGAGGACGACUGCAAGGAGGUGAAGUGGCUCUUCGGUGCCAAGGCCUGGUGCGUUCACUACGUUGACGAAGAGGGGAAGCCUCGUACAAGAACCAAGGGAUUGGCCGUGCCGCACACCGGCUUUGAUGGGCGGGUUCUCGAUUCCGAAGAGUACAGCCGUGUCCGCGAGGAAGUGCGGAAGAAAGCCACGGACAUGUGGAAUGAGCUCGAUCGAAGCAAUCGCCCACGCCUUUCUUGA